CUUCCUGGGGGUGGUUGUGUGUGCUAGUCGGUAACUGCUGACGGGUUACCUAUGAGCGCGUUGUGCUAAACGAUUGUUUUUGUUUGUUUUUCAAGUUAAUAAUUAUUUUAGUUCUAUUAUUAUUUGGUUUUCUUUACUGUGUAAUGGACACUGAAUUUCUAUUUAAAUGGGAUGUGCUUUUAGUUUAUUUUCAUUUAUUUAACUUUUAAGCGUGUGUGUAUCUGUGUGUUGUGCCGAAAUGCCGCGACAUUAUUAGUGCUGCAGAGUUUACACGGACAUAAUUUUGAUGUACGGUGAAUGUCAUCUGUGGAAUCUGUGGAAAGUUAUUAAUCAACAAAAAACAAACAAAGAUAGUCAUUAACAAAAAAGAAGUGUCCCCACCGCCCCCCCGCCCCCGUAACGUACGCAAGCUCUUCUGAGAUCAAGAUGAUUCGUAGGAGUAACAUCAAUCUGCCAGCAUUUUGCGUUGUUCAAUUCCUAGAAUUGCCUUUUGAAGCUAUUGAUGAUUACGUAUGCGUGCCACGCACUUGGUUGAUUUUGACUAACCUGUCAAAGGAUAAGUCCGUUGUUGCGUACCCCAAUAAGGAAGAUCCCUUUGUUACCAGAGAACGUGUCAAGAACAAGGAGAAAUGCAAUCAUGACUGGAAAUUUUAUAUGAGUGUCGUAAAAUAUGAAACAAAUACAUUCGAAGAUGCAGAAUUAUGGAUUGCGACGAAAAUUAAUGAUAGACCUUCAGUAAAAGGAGAAUUAAAAGCAACAGAUAUAAAACCAAGAUUCUCGUUAAACAAGAAAUUGCGGGCUGCCAACCGAAACCAUUCGUCGAAAUUAAAUGAUAAUCCUCGGAAACCACUGCCUAGAACAUUAAUCAAGCGACCAUCACAAUCAGAACCGAACAAACAACUUGAUGGGAAACGGCUGAAACUGGAUGACGCCGCUCAAUCAACAAGCAAUAUUGUUGCCGAUACUAAUGCAGAGUCUGGAUCUUCAAGACAGGAACAAUCAAUUAUUACCCAAGACAAUCAGCCAAUAGAAACUACUGAAACAGAAACAGCUGUUAAUGAUACUCAUGGUACAUCGAGCUCCUCUCAGCAGAACGAUGAAAACCUUCAAGAAUCGUUACUAAUACAAGAGCAACAAAACUCUCAAGGAAUUAAUGACGUACCUAGAAUAGUACCAAAAAACAACCGACAAACACCUACCCUUCAAGUCACCGGAGAAAGGUUGUCACUUAUUCUUACAAAGGUUCUAAAUUCGGUACGACAAGCAUUAUUAACUACUCAGGUAAAUCAUAGUGAACGUGCACCUGUCAAUCAAAACCAUCUAAGCGAAGUAGGUAAUACGUUGCAAGAAAAUGAAAGGAUGGAAGAAGAAACUCCGUCGGCGCAUCAUGGAGCAAAUUCAGAUUCCGAUACUACUGAUCAUGAAGUAACCACUGAUGACGAUAUGUCUGCAGAUGAAGCACCUACUGAAAGAACAAAUUACUUUUGCAGCACUGGAAUCACUUCUGGAAGUAGCUCUGCAGGCAGAUCGAUAGAUGUACAAAACUCUACGAACCACAAGACGCAACAGUCUAGGAUUGUUUUGGAGCAGCAAAUGUUGGACAACUUCGCUAUCCUCUUCACUCAAAUGGGGUCUACGUUGCGAUAUACAUGUGACAUGUACAACACCCUACGAAGUUCGAUCCACGAUAUUGCCGCCACAUACAAAGAAUUAUUGGGUGCAGUCGAAGAAUUCAACUCAAGCCGAAAUUUACCUCGCAAUUCAUCUUCUUUAAACAACCGAACAGAAGUAGCUUCACAGUUCCCUGAAGAAAGACACAUUGAAGUUACAGCGAGUACUAGUUCUAGUACUCAGAAUCAACAAAGUCACGGCGAUGCUAACAGAACGCCGAAAACAAAGCACAAAUCAUGGCGUCUUGUUUUACCACCGGAAUACGAUCCUCGCGAUACAAAAUGGACAUUGAAGUAUCGAACAAAUCUGCCAGGACUCGUAGAACUUAUCCCUCAAAGUGGUAUAUACGUCAGCUACGGAGACCUUAAAUACAGUCAGAGUGUAUCAAAAGAUUGCAAAUCAUUAGCAAGACGUUUAUUAUUAGCAGUGUUCAACAGAAAUGCACUGAGUAUUUGUUUAUCAAUGACUGAGAGAGCGCAGGCAUCGGAUAACGUUGGAUCUAAUGCAAGGCCAGAAUUAGAUGAUCAUGCGUGUACGGUACUGUUGACUUCCGUUCUACAGCAGGGACUCCAACGUGGUUGGAAUACUGACUUACAACCUAUCCUCAGUACUUUACACAAUACGAUUAAACAGAUUCGGUUCAAAUACGGCGUGACGGUUCAAUGCUAACUAUUGUGAUUAUUGACUGGUUGAAAUACUUUGCUUAGAUGUUCCGCAAUGAUUGCAUCCUUCUCUUUAUCAGAUCUUGCCCAGCCUCAAUCACUUUUCAUGAUUGGCGGGGGGGGGGGGGGU